AUGGUUUCAUAUAUUUCAUUCUAUUUUUCACUUGGAAAUUUCAAUUUAUUAAAUAAUGAACUUGAAAUUCCACAGGAAGUUAUUGCCGCGAAGAUCUUCAACAGAUAUAUCAAUGACAUAUCAUUUGGACUCUUCAAAACCGAAAUUAAAAAAGCAAUUUUUGAUUUUACAAAUUGUCACGAAUCAAUGGAAUAUUUAUGCAAAACAUCAUAUCCAUCGGACUUUCUGAAGACAUUUAAAGACCUUCCACCCAAGAAAAUCAUUUACAUGGCUUUAAUGCAAAUAAUGUUUCAAAAUUCAACGACAAAAACCCAGUUUUUCAACAUAAUCCACGACGAAUUACAAGGAAAUGCAGAUCUAGAACGAUUCCAGUUCAUUCUGCACAUGAUGACAGGCUUUUUCUGCGGAUCUUUGUCUGUUGAACAGUGGAAGCAGCUUUACUUGUUUUCUAUUGAUAACCUGGUCAAUUCUUUUGUAGAAAUAUCGAAUUCUGAUGAAUAUUCUCUACUUUUGGGAUUUUUACAUACAAUGACAAAAAAUUUCCCAAAAUCAAACCCGUUUUUUGAGCACAGGAAGCCGGAAUACACUUUUAUAAAGACAAUGUUCUCGUUACUGACGAAUAUAAUGAACCAGAUCUCGAAAAACCUUCAAAAAAUCGAAAUUGACGAAACAAUUUUCAAAUAUGACGUUUCUGUAUCAGUUAUGACCUCAAAUAAUGAUACAAUGGUCGACCACGUGACGUCUGAUGCUGACGAAUAUUGGAUUCAGUUUUCAGAAGUUUUGGAAAUAAUUAAUUCAAUUAUUUCAGUUCCUCGUGUCAAUUUCGGGAUCCUGAAGUUGUAUAAUGAUUCAUCCAUCAUGGAUUUCCUACAGAUUGUCAUGAAAUACCUUUCCAUGACUUCAAAAAUUUCAUUGUUAUCAUUUCCACGACUUUUGCAUUCAAUUGCAAGUUUUCUGAGUUACAUCGUUCCGUAUUACUCAAAAGAGAUUUUUCUGUCUGAGAUUUACCCAGAAAUUAUCUACUUUUUGAGAAUAUUAUUUUUAUCUAGCGAAACAACGGACAUUGACAUCUCUUGUAGCAUUCUUUGUCAACUAGCACCAUUAGAAUACUCAAAUGUACGUCAACACCUUGUUUUGGCCAUUAAUUCUGUAGCAAAUGGAAAAAUGUCAGAAUUACUAGCCAAUUUUAUUUGUUUGGUUGUCGACAAUGAUAGAGAAUUCUUUUUACAAUUCAUACAAUCAAUAGCAAAUGAUUUUCGAGAUUAUUCCCAAAAUAUUAUCCAAACUUUGAGUCAUUUUCUUGAAAAUGAUUCUCCAACACGUAGAUUACGUCAUUUCUACAAUGAUGUUCCAAAUAUGUGCAUUUUAAUUGAAGAGGCACCUUCUCUUCAUGAUUAUUUCAAUUCAUUUUAA